AUGGACGCCAAUCGUCUUCAAAUUCUUUUCUCCGAGUAUGAAAGGGUCAUCAGCGAGCAAAUUGAGCCACAGAACGGAACUCUUGAGUCUCUUUGCCCAGAGCCUCAGCACCAGGCGCUUUCCGAAGCGAUCGCAAUCUGUGAACAGUCCGGGGUAACCCAACCCCGCCGAAGCCAGCGGAAGAGGAACGUUACGCCACGCCCAGCUACCACUGCUUUAAACCGUAUCCAAAAGAAGCGCAUUGCGACGUGUAGCAGUCAGGAAUAUGAGUUCUUACGUUUGGGGGAGGUACGAAAGGCAUGGAACGGAUCCAUCGAAUACAAGGUCAUUUGGAAGCCAACCUGGGUGUCUAUUGACGAUCUCCGGGGCAAGCGGGCAUUGGAAGAGGCCGAAGAGCUCAUAGUGGAUGAGUUUGGUCAGGUAUCGUGGGAAAAGGAGAUGGGACGAUCUGGCCAUGUCGACAUGGAUACCGAAUCUGAGUAG